AUGAGCAGCAGUACUUCGUCUCAAUCGCUUGAGAGCAUUUUCAGUGAUCCAGAAUCUUACUCUUCAGAGUCCCCGUCUCCUGAUCCUGUGCCGCCUCCGCUUAUACCUCUGCCGCCUCCGCAGUGCGACGACUGGCACCACUGCGAUCCCACAGGUAUCAACUGUGGUGGUACCUUUCAUGUUUGUCCAGGCUUCGACCCUGUCGGCGGAAAUGUCACUUACGGCCCCGUUCCCAUCUUUCAUCCAGCGCCUCCGGCAGGUAUGGGAUUCGCAGCUAGAGUGUGCGAUCAAUGUCGCCAACACGACAACGGCAUUCCUCAUCCAAAGAACGUCCAAGUACGAACAUGGGCUGAUGCUAACGCGUAUUCCGGUAACUUGAUACAGCUAUGCCACUCAUGCAUCCAGGACGAGGUAGAGCUAUACUGGCAGCGACUCAGUCUCAACACGCCAGUCCCGGCCCUCCCAGCCGGCGCAUCGCCCUCCCUCUUCGACGCCCAACAAUGGCCCACGACCGCCAACACCGAGCAAAACCUGUGCAUCUGCCACUCCAGAGCAAUUGCCACGUACGACCGCUAUUGUCACCAGUGCCGCGACCAAGGCUUUCAACGCUGGUUCACCGCUGCUUACCACGCCAACGAACAGUUCCUCAGAACCAAGACAAAACCCGUCAUCACAGGUCAGAAAUUAUGUGACUUACACGCCCCACACAAUACCCAUCCAGCCCACCGCAUCACGCAACGCACCAUCCAAGCGCGGAUGAACGCUAGCAUCGGACGCAUGUGCCCCUGCGGUGAGCGACCCAAGGCACCGGAAGCCACGACGAAGCCCUAG